AUGGUUGUAGAGGAGUACAUACAUUUGGCUAGACAGAUAUGGGAUUACGGGGCUGGGAUAGUGGAUGCGGGGAUGACGGAGGAGUUUGCAGCGUACUUUGUGGCACAUGUCAUGGCACAGAUAUCAGAUCCGGCAGAGAUGCUUCCUACCUUUGAUGAUGAUGAGGAUGAGCAGCCAAAGAGGCUAAAAGAUCAGUCAUCUGUAGAUCCCGUUGGAUUGGAAGCUCCAGUUGAUGAUGGUCAAGUAGUGGAUAACUCCAGUGAUGCUACUCAGGAUCCUCCAAAGAUUGAGAUCAUUGUAGAGAUGAUAACUAAGGAGUUAGGUGAAGUGGGAAAGUCUAAAGAUGAUGGCCAAGAGGGUGAAAAAGAUAAGGAUGAAGUAGUUGGGAAGGAGAAGGGUGAAGAACAAUCAGACAAAGCUCUGACAACCAUGACCAAAGCCACUGUUCCUGAUAAAGGAAAGAAAAUUGCAGUUGAGGAUGAGCUUUCUCAUGGUCUGAGGAAUUUGGAGUCUGGGGAUGAAUAUGAAGAAGCUGGAGAAGAGCUUGAAGUGAAAGAGGCUGAAGGACCGGAAGACAAAAGAGAAGAAAGAUUUCUCAGAGAAGUGGCACAAGCAAAUGAAUCUGAAAAAUCAUUUGGAACUGCCAAGCAAAAAGAACUUGAAGUUAAAACAGAAUUUAAUCAGAAGAAGAGAGAGAGGCAACAGAGAAAAGUAAGUCAGUUUGUUGAAAAAGUCUCAAAAGAUAUUAAGAAUAUAAUUGAAGCCUCAUCAACCAAAGAAGUAAAGAAGAGGAAACAACUUGAAGCUCUCAUUGCACCAAUUAAUUUAGAUAUUGAGACUGAGGAUGAAAUUCCUCUAUAUUUCACAAGGGUGCAGAGAAAGAAGGUAGAAGACCCAAAGGAGAAAGCUGAGAAGAUAAGGAAGUGA